AUGUACACCAAGCCUCGGGGUCACAAUGACUAUCCAUUAGAAUUGUGGCUUGGCAGAGUGAGCUUUCGCUUCCUUAUCUUCGGGGUUCAUUAUCUCCUUCCUUCCCUUCUUAAAGAGACGAAACCUUCGGAUUUAAAGGCGGCCCCUGAUGAAUUAUUUCCAACAAAAAGAGUCCGGGACCACCUCUCCCUAUGGUCGAGCAAGAUUGGCUUCGGUACGUCCAUUGGUACUGGAGACUGGAGUGUCGCGAAUUCACCGGAUGUUUCCUUAAGUGACUUCUUUCCCGCGUCAGUCUAUGAGAAAUCAUGGAGGAUCAGACGCGAAUCGAGUGAGCUCAUUCGCUUUGGUCUUCUUUGGAAGAUCUAUGAUUUGGUAGCGGAGAAGGGUGUAGCUUGGGGGCCGCCAUGUCUUCAAGAACACCUUCCCGGAUUUCGGGGAUGGUUACUAGGAGGAGUCUCUGGCAUGGAUUUCUUAGUCGAGUCCGAUGGUUUAACCCAACCUAGGGCAAAGGGAUCAUCAUAA